UUACAGAGUUCUCCUCAACCGCGUCCACAAAAAGUCUUCUGCCGCACGAGGAUCUUCCCUAGCAACCGUGGAUAAACAUGAGUUACUACAGCAUAAGAUAGAAGAGCCCUGGACUAGCAUUCCUGCAGCCGCAUCCAUGGACACUGUAAAGGAUGGGGGAUCUCAGCCUGUCUACAGCCGCUGGUCAUACAGACCCUCCAGCUCUGCCAGCUUCUCCUCGAACUCAACAGCAAGUGGCAUCGAAGACGACAGUGCCAGUCUCAUGCAGCAGAAGCUGGAAAAACAGAGGGCACUGCUGGAGCAGAAGCAACGGAGGAAGCGUCAAGAACCUCUGAUGGUCCAGCCCAACACAGAGACUCGGCCCCGGCGCUCCAGGACACGGCGUGGUGAGGAGCAGGCCCCUCUGGUAGAGUCUCAAGUCAGUAUCACCAAUGAUGUCAUCAUGGAUGGUAUUGAUGGCCCAGCAGCGUUCUUGGGCUCAGAAGCCCCUGAUCUGGGAAUGAAAAUCCAAAUCCUGUCAGUGAGCCAGUCCCAGUCCCAGUCCCAGUCUCAGCCCCAGUCCCCCGCUGCUGAGGAGCCGGAGAGGGAUGGAGACACUGAGACGCUGCUAGAGCCCAAGACUGAUAUCCACGAAUUACUGCAGAAACAAGGCCUGUGCGGCAGUAUGAACUUCGACGAAGCCAGCGAGCACGAGGACGAUGUAGAGGAGGAACGGACACGGUCUCUGUCCCCUAACGCAGACACCACCAGACCCGCCUCUGCUGCCAGUGGCAAGGACAUUCCCGAGGUGGUGACCCCCGGAUCACCCACAGCAGACAGCGCACUAAUUGAUGUGGCCAAUCUAGAGGAGUUUGUCUUUCGUCCGGCUCCACGUGGCGUCACUGUUAAAUGUCGAAUCACCCGGGACAAGAAGGGCAUGGACCGCGGCCUCUACCCCACCUACUUCAUGCACAUGGAGAGAGAGGAUGGCAAGAGAGUGUUUUUGCUGGCAGGAAGGAAGCGAAAGAAGAGUAAGACGUCCAACUACCUUAUGUCAGUGGAUGCCACUGAUCUUUCGAGAGAGGGCGAGAGCUUCAUAGGUAAACUGAGGUCCAACCUCAUGGGCACCAAAUUCACGGUGUACGACAACGGCACCAAUCCCUGCAAAAACCCCGGGGCGCUGCUGGAGGAGAGCAACACACGACAGGAACUGGCUGCCAUCUGCUAUGAGACAAACGUGUUGGGAUUCAAAGGACCACGUAAGAUGACCGUAAUCAUCCCGGGCAUGAACAUGAAUUUUGAAAGAGUCCCUGUAAGGCCUCAAAAUGAGCAGGAGAGCCUCCUGAGCAGGUGGCAGAAUCACUCACUGGACAACCUGAUUGAGCUGCACAAUAAGGCCCCUGUGUGGAACGACGACACCCAGUCUUAUGUGCUCAACUUCCAUGGCCGCGUCACCCAAGCUUCAGUCAAAAACUUUCAAAUAGUUCACGACAACGACCCUGACUACAUUGUCAUGCAGUUUGGCAGAGUGGCCGAAGACAUCUUCACUCUGGACUAUAACUACCCCAUGUGCGCUCUUCAAGCCUUUGCCAUUGGCCUGUCGAGCUUUGACAGCAAGCUGGCCUGUGAAUGAAAACUACCGGUUUUACUUCCACGCCGCCACCUUUCCUGCCCUCCCUAAAAAUCUCUUCUCGCGGGGGCUGUUUGGAAGUCGACAGCUUCACUGCUCACAUCAUUGGCAAUCAGUUCACGCACAAGUCAAGGAACAAAUUAUGAAACUGCAAAAAAAAAAAAGGCGGAUACUGAUCAGAGAUGUUGGUGCUCUGUUGGCCAAUCCAACAACCCUCUUGGUUCCUGUGCGGUAGUUUUCCAUGCCAUUUUAGUGGGGUUAUUUCAAUAUCAGUUUAACCUUUUUUGUAUAGUGUACUUGUAUACAAACUAAAAAAGGGAAAAGACAAAGUAAAACACUCUGUGCUGGAGACAGGCACUCCUGUCAGACAUCUGCUGCAAAAACAACUGUUUAACCUAUGACUCAAUCAUUGUUUGAAGGGCGGUGAUAUGUGUAUUAAUGAUGUAUUUUCUAUCGCUUCUGUUGCCUUUUAAAUUUGAUUUCACUCAGUGUUUUUUUGCCACACUAGCGCCAAAAAGAGCAACGUCGGCUGAGAAGUCCCUCUUAAGGAGCAGAAACCAUUUGGAAUUACAUUACACCGCCUUUCCUCUGGCGCCACCCUCAGGCUCAAACUGUAGAGUUAUUGGAACUAAGAAAAGCAAAGUUUUUUCACCCAUCCAACACUUUUUCUAGAAAGUAAUGGGCAUCACAGUCUUGGCGCUAGCGUGGCUACAGAAUUUCAGUCUUGUUUACAUCUUUAAAUGUGGCUGCAUGGUUUAAUCUGCCAUCUACUUAAAACUAAUUUUGGUGUUAUUCCUUUAUUAUCAUGUUGUCAUCCCUUUGUUUUAAUGUUGUGUGGAAGGUGCAUUAUUCAGAACAGGCCUGUCUUAUGUUUGUGUUUUUUGUGAGUAAGUGUAAUUUGUAUCUUGUGACUGUGGUUUUUCUUUAUCAUAACAAGUUGGAUUAUCGUGAAAAAAGAAAACAUAAACGCAGAAUUGCACAUUUAAAGAAAAAAGAAUAUACACACUGUACAUAAAACACAAGGUAAUGCCUUAUUUGAUCUAUUCUUGCAGUCUUUAAACAAAAUACUAGAUGUUACUUCAAGACGGGAAGGGAUUUCAAAAAUAUGGAUAGAAGCAUUAAUAUGAUAGACAGAGCUUAUAUUUCGUGGGUACACAGAUACAGAAGUCAACCCAGACUUUGUACAGUAUGAAUAAAAACAACAAUAAGUCUGCUGUAUCUACACUGAGGAGUCAAGAUACAAGUGGCAUUUUAUUGAGCUGAGAUGGAGUUGGAACCAAGUUAUUAAAGCCCACAUUUAGUCCAUCUCAAAGUUUCAAAACUAUAACUGCCUAUGUCCCUUUAUCAGUCUCUUCCCCUUUAAAUUUAAGGGAAACUUAAGGGAAAUCAAUAAGGGAUAACACCCUUUACAUGACUUUAUAUCAUUAUUAAAUGUCCCUAAUAUUUCGUUAAUUCGGUGUACUGUAUGUGUGUGAAAAUAGAACUGAAAAAAAUCUGAUAGUACAUACAUGUUGAGGGUCAUUAUUGCUACAGAGCCAACUGUAAAAAUUCAGUCACGAUACGGUUCAAUCUGUAUCCUUAACAGAAAAAGUGUUCAGUGGGACAUCCUGCUGAAAAGGCUUUUCAGGGGUAGAUUUAACUUCUAUUUCAACAGGGCGUUUCCUGCAUAGAAAAUCCUUAAGAGAUUCAAACACCUGGUACCUGGUUAGUUUUAAGACAAUUACUAUUACAGAUAUUUUAAAGUGCCAGGAACUUAUGAAUAUUCUGUUUUGUCAUUUUGUGUAUAAUGGAGUUUUGAAGAGAGAAAAGAGAUUUUUUGAAAAUAUUUUGAAAUGUAUACGCUUUUACUACAAGACACUUUGAUGAAACACAUUCCAGUGUGGCAUUUCAAAAAACAUACAAUCAGGUAUAUGUAUUUUAACAGAUGAAACUAUAACGACGGAUGAUCAAACUUCAUAUUAAAACACGGUGAGAUGAAUGUAUUCAGUGAACAGCUUAUUUUCAUAAACAUGACAGAUGUCAAUUUGAUUCAGAACACAUUUGAGAGAAAAAACAAAAGUACUUAUUUCUGAUGGAAAAUGUUUGAAUAACCAAAAUAAAGACAAUUUAAAAAAUAAAGAA